AUGAAGCAUCAUUUGAUGGUGGGGACAUGGACCCCUCCAGGAGCAAUCUUCACAUUCGAAUUUGACGAUGAGACUCUGGAACUGAAUAUGAUCAAGAGGACGGAGAUUCCAAAAGAUGAACCAAUAUCGUGGAUGACGUUUGAUCACGCAAAGGAGAAUAUCUAUGGAGCAGCCAUGAAGAAAUGGUCGAGUUUUGCUGUCAAAAGUCCAAUUGAAAUCGUUCAUGAUGCUUCACAUCCAAUGGAGCAUCUUCCCGAAGCAUCGAAAUCUGAUACCAAUACAAGAGCCAUAUUUGUAUUAGCAGCAAAGAAGCCUCCCUUCAAUGUGUACGGUAAUCCAUUUUACGACCAUGCUGGUUUUGGCAAUGUUUUCUCCGUCAACCAGGAGGGUGGCUUGGAGAAGUGCGUCCAGAAUUACCAGUAUGAACCAAAGACCGGUAUUCAUGGCAUGGUUUUCGACCCUACCGAGACUUACCUCUAUUCGGCUGACUUGCGAGCCAACAAGAUCUGGACUCAUAAGAAAGACGAGCAGGGUCAGCUGACUCUUGUUGGCUCAGUUGAAGCCCCAGAUCCAGGAGAUCAUCCAAGAUGGGUGGCGUUGAAUCAAAGUUAUCUUUAUGUUCUGAUGGAGGCUGGGAAUAGGAUUGGUGUUUAUGUGAUUGAUCCUCAGACACAUUGUCCUGUUUUUACACAUAUCACAUACCCUCUGAUACCUCCAGGAAUCCCAAACCCAAAGACAAUGUAUCGGGCAGAUGUUGUGACGCUUACUCAUAGCAAGAAAUACCUGUUCGCAACUUCACGAGCCAACAAGCAUAACCUGACUGGCUACAUAUCCGCUUUCAAGCUUGGCCCAGCUGGCAACAUCGAGAGACAAAUAUGUAUGAAUCCAACGCCGAAUAGUGGUGGUCACUCGAAUGCUGUCAGUCCAUGUGAUUGGAGUGAUGAAUGGAUUGCUUUGACGGAUGAUCAAGAUGGGUGGUUAGAAAUUUACCGGUGGAAGGACGAGUUCUUGGCAAGAGUUGCUCAUUGUGAUGUUAAGGAGCCUGGAUUCGGCAUGAAUGCCAUUUGGUAUGAUUAG